AGACCAGACUUCUCUUCACCCACUGGAUUAUGCCCAAGACUUUUCUACCCAAUGAUCCUCUUGCAACACCCCGGGCUUCCUCCACCUAAGCGGCCUUCAACCUCUCUUCCUAUGUCAGUGGCCGCCAGGUCUACAGGAACCUUGCAGCUUCCUCCACAGAAGCCUUUUGGGCAGGAGGCUCCCUUGCCUCUGGCAGGGGAAGAAGAAUUAUCUAAGAGAGGAGAGCAAGACUCUGCCCUGGAGGAGCUCUGUAAGCCCCUCUACUGCAAGCUCUGCAAUGUCACCUUGAACUCAGCACAGCAAGCCCAGGCGCAUUAUCAGGGUAAAAAUCAUGGUAAAAAACUCCGAAAUUACUAUGCAGCAAACAGUUGUCCCCCUCCUGCCAGAAUGAGCAAUGCAGUGGAACCGACGGCUACUCCAGUUGUCUCCGCUUCUCAGCAGAUGGGAUCUUUUAAGCCAGGCGGCCGUGUGAUCCUGGCUACAGAGAAUGAUUACUGCAAGCUCUGUGAUGCCUCCUUUAGUUCUCCAGCUGUGGCCCAAGCUCACUAUCAAGGGAAGAAUCAUGCCAAGAGGCUGCGGUUGGCGGAAGCUCAGAGUAACUCAUGCUCGGAAUCCUCAGAGGUGGGGCAGCGGCGGGCUCGCAAAGAAGGACAUGAAUUUAAGAUGAUGCCUAAUAGAAGAAAUAUAUAUACAGUACAGAACAAUUCAGCAGGUCCUUACUUCAAUCCUCGGUCCCGGCAGAGAAUUCCACGGGAUCUGGCCAUGUGUGUCACUCCCAGCGGCCAAUUUUACUGUUCGAUGUGCAAUGUUGGGGCUGGCGAAGAGUUGGAAUUCCGGCAGCAUUUAGAGAGCAAGCAGCAUAAAAGCAAGGUGUCUGAACAGCGGUACAGGAAUGAGAUGGAGAACCUCGGAUAUGUAUAGUGAUUGAAAUGUGUGGCUAGAGCACUUGUCCUGCCUGUUAUUUCCCCUCUGUCAACAUGCCUUGCUUUGUGGUCCUUUUGAUAUGAAUACAUUCCUCUGCUUAGUGUGAAUAUGUGUAAACUGCAGUGGUACAUUGAGGUGUCGAAAC